AUGAGACUCUAUGCAUUCAGCAACAACAGAGCAGCAACGAGUUGGAAAAGUGAAUUGGCCAGCGGACUGGAAGACAAUUGUGCAAAAAGAAAAGGCGACAGACCCUACGUUGUCCACGAAAUGUCGCACGAUAAAUUCAUAGAUUGGAAAUCUUACGUGGAUCGUAACAUGACAAUUCGCAAAGAAGACUUAAAGGGUGAAGCAGUUAGUUGA